AUGAAUAUUGAUGAUCUGCCUGGCCUUGUAUUGGUUGAGAUUCUUUGUAGACUUCCUUGCUAUAAACUUGUUUUUCAGUCCAAGUGUGUCUCCAAGCGUUGGUGCGCUCUCAUCUCAGAUCCUUACUUUAUUGGCCGCUUUAUAUGCCAUCUCCGAAGUAGUGAUAUGGAAGCGCCACCAAUAAUCCGUACUCUGAUAAACCGCAAAGGGGAGGAACUGUCAUGGUCACCAUCGUGGUGGUCGUCCAAUUUGCUAGCACCGGUAUUCAGAAAACUCAUGAGUUUCCAUGGAUUGAAAUAUGAGCCAAUUGUGAAAGCGACUUAUAAUGACUUGGUUUUGUGCUGCGAAGACGGGAUGGACUUCUACUACAUUUGCAAUCCAUCCACUGUGGAAUGGGUUGCUCUUCCUCCCUCUCCUAGGUCCUAUACUUGGCCACAGAGGAAAGCACCAGCAGCAAUCAUCUGUGAUCGUAAGUACUAUGAUUACACGAAGGAAGGAAGAGGACAUAUCACCAUCCUGCUUAAUGCUGAUUAUAGGUGCAAGGUUGUCAGAAUACUUCCAUUUGUAGGAGAGGAUCCACAUUAUCAACCCUCCAGGUUUACUGUGGAGAUCUUUUCUUCUGAGUCUGGUGACUGGAAAGAGUCGGUCGUAGCUUCCCCUGUACCUUUGAAUUUGAGCACAAGCCGUAUUAGCUUUGCUUACAAUGGAAUGUUGUAUUGGUGGGAUUCUUUUACCAACCGAUAUGUUGGGAUGGAUCCUUUUAUGAUCAACAGUAAUGGUAAUGGUGAUCAUUAUAAACUUCGUUUCAUGAAAUUUGAUGAUGAAGUUUUAGAUCACCUUGGCACCAUUGACUGCUUUGGUGUGUGCGGAGGGUAUCUACGUAUGUGUUACUACCAGGAGGCAGACGAUACUCUAUAUGUUUGGGACUGGAAAGAAGAACAAGAUUGUGAUCAGAAUGAAGCUGGCAGCAGUGAAUUGUGUUGGAAACAGACUGGAGUCUAUUCACUGGGAUUGAGAAUGGCUUCUGUUGGGGAAUUGUUAGCUUUUGAUCCAAAUAAUGAUGACUUGUUGUAUCUUGAUGUUGAUGAAGAAAUUUGCCUGUGCAACAUUCGAACAGGAAAUUUGUCAGAGCUCGUUGGAAAGAGUCACGUUAAUGUUAAUGGCGAUUUCUUUCCAUUAGUGCUCCCAUGGUGGCCGACACCAGUACCUAGACUACUAAAGCCUUCAUGGCUCUCAGAGUUGAUGAAGAAGUUGAGGAUAGUAGCUAACUAUUUAGUUUUCACUUGCUUUCAGUGA